UGCUUUGAAAGGUUAAUAUCGUAGCGAGUGGUCAGUGUAACAUCAGUACAUUUGUUGUACUGAGUUGUCUUCCAUCAGACGACAACUUUACCCAGGAAGACGGUUGCUGGCUGAAGUUUACGCUAGAAGGACCGUUGUUUAACUGUAACACGUAACGUUAGCUACAGGUGAGCUAACUGGCUAAUUAAGGUGCCCGUCGGAGUUUUUUUUCACUCACUUAGAGGGGAUGGAGAAAGCUAAACAAGAUGCAUUCGACAAUGCCAGACUUCAGGUGAUCAAAGAUGGCUACGAGAGGGCCUUUGAGUGCAUCAAUAAAGGACUGACAGCGGACGAAGCUGGAGACAAGGCACAGGCCCUGGAGCUCUACAAGCGAGGGCGACAGCACCUUCUCAGGGCCAUCAGUGUGCCUUCACGGGGAGAGGAGUGUGUGGGCAGCUCCUGGGAAUCAGCCAGACAGAUGCAGCAGAAGAUGCAGGAGACGCUGAACAGCAUCACCACUCGCCUGGCCAUACUAGAGACCAGCUCUGACCUGGGAUCUGCACCUACACUGAGCGCUGCCAAUGUGUCUGACCCUGGUGAUACAGGCACGUCUGCACAAUGUCUCUACCCAAAUCUCCCCACCAAAGAGAAGCCAGAGAAGCUAGCUCCACCAAACCCACUCUCUGCUAAUGGCCAGGCAGGACAAACUGCAGGAGGCAUGCCUGCAGGCAGUAGUGCUGGUCUCCCUCUUUCACCUACCAGACAGCUUGUGGUUCCCACCGAACAACCUCCAGCUUACUCCCCUCAGGCAGCUGAUGGCCACCUAUCUAUUUCAUUUGGAACUGAUGCAGGGGAGAUGUCGUUGGUUGGGGAUGAGUUCUACAGUCGUACAUCUAACUCAACACCAUCUACUCAGAGUAUGGGCGAAGAGGGAGAGGAGCUGGUGUACAUCCCUCAUGGUGUACAGAUAUUCUUUGUCACACCUGAAGGUCAAGUGAGCGCUCCGUCGUACCCCGGCUACCUGCGCCUGGUGAAGUUUACUAGUGAUCACUCUGACAGAAUGCCCGACAGACCACCAGCAUUUCUGCAGGUGUGCGACUGGCUGUACCCUCUCAUGGCUAUGGACUCUCCAGUGUUGCUGUGUAACACUGGUGUGUUUAUGUUUCCGGACAUGAUGGCGCCAGCUCCAGGCUAUUAUGUGGGGGUGGUGUUGUCCUCUGAGCUGCCUGCUGCAGACAGAGAACUGUUCCAAGACCUACUGUCCCAGAUGACAGAUCUCAGGGUUCAGGCUCCAGAUGAAGCUGCAGACACCAUUAAUCUCAGUCAGAAAGUGUCCAUCGCUACACCUGAGGAGACUGCACCAGAGGAGACAGAGGAGGAAAAAGCUUUACCCGAGUGGAGCGAAAAGGUGGCAAAUGGGAUCCUGACAGGUGCGUCCUGGUUAAGCUGGGGUCUGGUGAAAGGAGCUGAGUUUACAGGCAAGGCCAUUCACAAAGGGGCAUCAAAACUGAGAGAACACAUCACUCCAGAGGACAAACCCACCCAUGUCAGCCCCACAGUUUCCAAAGGCCUCCAUGUUGCCAAGCAAGCGACGGGGGGAGCUGUCAAAGUCAGCCAGUUUCUAGUGGAUGGAGUGUGUACUGUGGCUGGCUGUGUGGGUCGGGAGUUGGCUCCACACGUGAGAAAACACGGAGGCAAGCUGAUCCCAGAGUCUAUGAGGAAAGACAAGGAUGGGCGUUCCAACAUAGAUGGAGCCAUGGUGGUGGCUGCCAGUGGAGUGCAAGGAUUUGCAACCAUGUGGACUGGUUUGGAAGUAGCAGCAAAGAACAUUACUACGAGUGUAGCAUCAGAGACAGUCACUACCGUAAAACAUAAAUUUAGGGGUCUACAAAGCAUCUUUGACCCACCUAAUGAGAAGAAGUGUACGGAGCAGCAGCAGGACAAGCCACAGACCACGCUGUCAAUUCUGCCAUUAAUGUCGGUAUCACUGCCUUCAACAUUGACAACCUGGGGAUCAAAGCUGUGGUGAAAAGGACUGGCAAGCAAACAGCUCAGGCCAUUUUGGAAGACUACAAGCUUCAGGAAAAACCAGACAGUGGGAAGCAAGUGGAGAAAUCAGAUAAAUAGCCGGUAGUGCCCUUCCUCAUUCCAGCAGUAAUGCCUUAAAGCAUAAUUUAUAUUCUUCUAACAAAUAAAUCUAUAUUUAAUAUAAAUUAUUUAUAAAAUGAGUUCUAUAUGUACAAGAUAACCACUGUUAUAUUCAUAUCCUAUAGUUUGAUACAGCUCUGAAGCACUUUAAUUUUUAUGUAAAAUAAGGUAGCUGGACAUUGUGGAGAAACAGAGGAUUAUAUAACCCAAAUUAAAACGACCUAUACAGCAUAUUGAUACACAAUGUAACAUUCAGGUAUUAUCAUUUAACUUGGAAUAACAGUUUGUGUGUGUUUGAGUUUUUUCCCUGCUAGGGUAACUGCAAUUUAUAUAGUUUGAGUGAAUGAUGAAAAAAAGAUUAUCUGUAUGACAACAUCUUCAGAUAUGACUGUUUCAGACUAAAUGUUGUCUGCUAUACCAUUGGUUCUCUCCGAGGUGUUAAAAAUGAGAAGCGAUCACCACUGCUUACUGUGCCUGCAAAUGUCAAAAAUUCUAAUGUUUUGUAAAACUGAAGCUGCCACACUUGUCCAAUUGUAAUAUGUAGCAAGAGCUUGAUCUGUCUAAAGCUGUAAAACCGACGUGCUGUGCUACAGUCUGCAGUGCUGUCUUGUGCAAUUCAGUUCACUUAUAUCCACAUAUUUUCAGACUGUUUAUAGUAUUUCAUAUAAAAAUUAAUGUGGAUUUCAUUAUUUUUGAUGUAUGGACAAAACGUUUAACUAAAUGUGAAUUUUGAAGUGUGAUGCUAACUUCCAAACCAGCUUGACUUUUUUUUGUUUUUUGUUUUUUUUGAUUGAAGUGAUCUGGUUUGUCCCUUUUCACACUUAAGCUUUAAACCCUAUGCAGGUAAUUGUAAUUUUCAAAUAGCUUUCAAGUACUCCACUUGUUGCACAUUGGGAUUUAUUUACCACUUGUAAUAGUGAAACUUUUCUGAAAAAAAUAAGAUGUUUAAAGAGACAAGAAGCUCUGUAAUUUUUUUUUUUCAUUUAUUUUGGAAUGAGACCAGGAUGUAUUUGCAUUUUUAUUCUUCAAUAGCAGCUGUUAAAAUCCAGUUAACACAAUAUAAAUACUAUUUGAAUCUAUUUACCUAA